AUGGAGCAAUUCAGGAUUUCUUUCUCGACUCCCAAUGAUGCCCUUCAGCCGCUGGCCAUGCUGACUGGGAGAAUGAUCGACAGUCCAUCUUCGGAGCUGGAAAUCCGAUAUCCUGUCCAGAUGGGGAACCAAACACAUAGGCCAGUUACCACCCCAAUGGGUCCAGCAUACGCAUUCCAACAAGCGACCUGGUCACCGCUCUUCGACCAGGGCCGGAUCGGUUUCGCCAGUGACAAUUCGCAAACAUCCCUUUCACAUCGUCAAACGUCAAACUCGCAUGCCAUCUUGGCCACAAUCAUCGGUCGACGGGACAUUGCAAUCUUUCGAGACACGGUAUGCAGCUACCUUCGUCUGACGUCCGCUUUGUGGACUGAGUUGUACAAUCCUCGAGAAUACUCCACCGCUCACCACCUCCUAACUCGCUAUCUCUGCCAGGAGUACGGCAGACUCCCUCCUGACUUGUGGCGCUUGGUCAAUGAACUCAGAGAGCAGUAUGGUUUUGAGCAUUCGCGUUUUGAGUGUAUCGACAUCAUCUCCUCAAUCCCAACACCACCAGAUCUGAUUUCCGGCGGCUUAGAGGCUGCUGGGCAUGGAGUGCGAGACUUUGGUGACUCCUGCAAUCGCCCGGUCCCUCGUGCAUCUGAGGGGAACAGUUCUCUCGCAUCUCACGUUUCCAGUCCAGGUCCUGGUCCAGGGAGUCAAACAAGAUCCACGACGCCUGUUUCGAUGGUGGGCGGGAGGAAAAAAUUCCAGAGUCCUACCUAUCAGAGGGCAAAAGGAAGGGCACCAAAAGGAGAGAGAUACAAAUGCCCUUACAUGAACUGCAGGCAUGAUGCUUUCAGGAAUGCUGGAAACUUCAGCAACCACAUGCGCAACUGCCACGCAGAGUCGGAGUAUCGCAACCGGAAUCCUGCAGAGUUCCUGGUGCCAGACUCAUCGCCUCAGCCGAGUAAUCAGGGCGACACCACAUCUUCGGUCGUCACAAGCGCGAGCGACUCGCCCCUGACUCAACGACGAUUGUCCCAGGAGUCCUACGGUGGUGAAAAUGAGAUUUCGAACGCUGGCCAAGAUGGUGUCAGAUAUGCGGGAGACUUCACUUUCACCACCGACCACAAUGGCUUCCAGAUCAGCAUGAGCCAGGGCGUGUUCGAUGAAAGCUCUCCAGGACCAUCUGGAUCCAGUGGGCUAUCUACCACUUCACUUCUGGAGGCCUUCAGCUUUGACCCUAGUAAUCCUGGGUCACGCCUCGUCACAUCGCAACAUGAACGUAAUCACGAGUCUUGCUAUCCUCUGAAAGACGAAGCCGAAUAUGGUCAAUUUCAAAUGAUGGAAGACCAAAGAUGGAAGACGAGGCCAAGAGGCUAG